CGAUGAUAUGUGACUUCGUGAAAAUGGUUACCUCUACCUUUAACUACUUAGGUACCUAGGUCACCAACUGAUAGCAUAUAAAGUAUGAGUACUAAAUCCCGCCGGAGCAUUUUCGGGCUAAUCUUUAUCCCGGUUGCGCCACUGUUAUGGUAGACGGCUUCUGUGAACAACGAGCGACGCUGACGUGAAUCUUGGGAUUAUAAGUUUACCUGGAGCUACUCGAACUCAAUUGCUAUUCAUUAAUGUCACCAUGGUCGGUAGAAAUCCCAGUCCACCCCGCCGACAACGAGCAUGCGCUCCUUGCGCAAGAGUCAGAGCAAAAUGUCACUUCCGGGAAGGGAAUCUGGAGAAGCAUAUUUGCGAUAGGUGUGAGACUAUGAAGAAGGACUGUUUCCCACAGAAUACUAGAAGUCUGAGAAGACCUCGCAGAAUUAACCACGGUAACGGUACAACUUCCGAAGAGCAAGAACAAGUCAUUACUAUGGGCACAAAUAGUUCGCCAGAGUUUACUAUUUUAAGUCAUAGGAACCGGGCACAGCAGCCAGGCCGAGACAGCAAUAACAACCAGAAAGAACUGGGAUAUGACAACUCUGCCAGGAAUCCAACCCAGACAAACGCAAGUUCAGAUAGGGGCACUUCACAGCCUCCAUUUGGGCUAUCAUGGCCACAGGCAGCUCAAGUUCUUAGCCUCUUCCACGAAGGAUUCGCCUCCCAAUUCCCCUUCGUGGCAGUCGGGAGUCAUCACACUGCAGAAUCACUGCACAAAGACAGUCCAUUUCUAUUUCGUGCUAUAAUGAUUGCCGCUGCACCAUUAUCUGAAGCUGGGGUGGCCAAGGCGAGACGCAACAUACUCGCAUAUCUGAGCUUUAGGGUAAUGGUCGAAGAAGACAAGACCUUGGACAUACUACAGGGUGUACUGGUGAUUAUUGCUUGGGCGCACAGGUGUCACAUCGACAAUAGUCAGGUCACCAAUCUGGCGUAUCUUGCUCUUGGCUAUGCACAUAACUUGGGUGUUACACAAGACAUGUUGUCAGCUCAAACAACCAGCGCAGCAACAUCUGACAAAGCACAAAUGACAAAUUUGUUGGCGGCAAUACGAGCUCUUCUCGGACUUUAUUGCGUUCUCUCAAUUAUGUCAACGAGACAAUCACGUCGAAAUCCUCUCGACGUACCCUACGUGGAGUCCUAUCUCAAGAUUGUCUCCCAAGCUCAAGCAACACCAUCUGAUCCUUCAAUAGAGUAUAUCGUUCGGUUCGUUCAGAUGGGUGAGAGACUUUCAAGAAGCUUUGGCGAGCCACAUGAGCGUACGCUGUUAAGCCCAUAUGCUGUGCUUCUCGAAGGAACUGGAAGUCGUUUCCGCAAUGACCUGAGUCGUCUAGCAGAGUCAGUCCCCAAUGGCAAUGUUGAAACAUACAGCCAGACGUUUGAGCUCUACCGUUUGUAUCUCUUAGUGCGUCUCUUUGAGCCAGCAAUUAUCGUGGCAUGCCACCCUGAUGAGGGUGUUCCUCAGUUCGUCUAUCUUUUGACAUGCUUACGCAACUGUCUUCAGGCACUGCAGUCUUUUUUCGACCUUCUUCUUGACUCGCCCGUUGGUCUGCUAUUGCGUCGUUCAAUACUUACCUACGACCAAAUUCUCUAUGUCAUGUUACAAGCUGCAAAGCUACUUCUAGUUGAGAUUCCUGACUGGGAUACUCGGUCUGUUCGACAGACGCUGGAUCUCACCAAUGUACUAGAUCAGAUGGUAUCACGUUAUGAAGAAGCAGAACGAUUGCGCAGGGCAGCGGUGGAACAAUUCGUCUUUUCAGCACUCGAGGAAGAAUCCACGAAUGAGAUGACUAGUACAUCAAAACUGGUAAAGGAAAUACGUUGGCUAAAAUACUGGCUCGAGUCCAGAUUUCAGGGGUCAUCGGGAGAAGUUGAGGAAGAUACAUACCAGGGUGCAUUGAAACCGUCCUGGUCUCUGGGACUCUUGGAAGAAAUGCCAUGGAAGAUUGGAAACAUCUGAUUGAAUUUUUCGCUGUAGUCACCGUUCUUUACCAAAAGCUAGGGUCUGAAGACGUGCAUAUGAACUCAUUAAUGCAUGAACGAGGGGCGGUUGAAAUGAAUGUUCGCAAUUGCAGGGUAUCAUAGUUAAUCUCAGGAAAAAUAAAAUAAAGACA